AUGGAGGAUAAGUCAACGUUCGCAGAUGUCGAUCUAUCUGCUUCAGCUAAUUUUGAAAAUAAUGUUUCUUUCAGCGACGUUGACGCCAACACCUCGGGAACAACCACACCCACUCACAAUGAAGACAAAGCAAUGCCUACAACGGAAAAUAGCAAAUUAUCAUCGGAAAAAGAAAAAUUUGCAAAAGGUUUGUCAAUUCUACUGAAACCUGUCAUCGAAGAGAUGGACAGCAGAAUUGUUGCCGUUAAAAAUAGUCAGGAAGAGCUAAACAAAGAGAUCGAGAGGUUGCUGGCAGAACUGCAACUAUUCGUCGAAGCGGCAAAAUCACCGCCCAUUCAACCUUCGAUUCAAAAAUUGAUGGUUGCGCGGAGAAAAUUAGCAAACACGAAUCAAACUUUAAAAAUCGUUCAUGAUCGAAUCGAUAGGAUGCACGCUCAAUUGGGUAAAGGAAAUAUUGUUCCCGAUCAUACAUGA